UUUUAAACUCUUUUUAAAAUCGUGAAAUGUUUCAUAAAUCUGUGAUAAAUAAUAAUAAACGUCUGAUCCUAACCUUAAAACGUCAGAAAAGCAAUGCAGCCAAUUUGCAAAAUUCACCAGCUAAAUAUUGUAUGCAAUGCGUAAGACAAUAUGAUUAUGAGAACUUCUUGUGCACUCUAUUACUUCCAAAUAAUGCUCGGCGCUGCGCAUUUGCAAUUCGAGCAUUUAAUGCGGAAAUUGCACGCGUUCAGAGUAACGUUUCAGACGCCAGAUUGGGCCAAGCCCGGAUAAAAUUUUGGGAAGAGGCAGUUGAUAAUAUGUAUAAAUCAGGAGAGCCCAUACCUGAUAAUCCCAUAGUCUUUGAAGUGAAUGAGGCGGUGAAAAGCCAUAAACUCACAAAAUCAUUUUUAAAAAGACUUUUACAAAGUCGCGAGCUACGUUUAUUGAAAUCUUUCUGUGUGACCACCGAAGAUCUUUUGAAAUAUUCCGAAGAUAGUGUAUCUUGUGUUUACUAUUUAGCUUUGGAAGGAUGUGGAGUGAAGAAUGUUCAUGCAGAUCAUGCUGCUUCACAUCUAGGAAAAGCUCAAGGAAUCGCCAAUAUGUUAAGGUCUCUUGCUAUAACUACUGAGUCUCGAUCAGUAUUUUUACCUCAACAAAUACUCAUGAAGCACGGAUUAUCACAAGAGCAAAUAAUUCGUAAGCAAGAUAGUAAAGGAUCUAGGGACGCUAUCUUUGAAAUUGCAAGCGAGGCUAACUAUCAUUUAGAGAAGGCUCGCGAAUUGACCAAAUCGGUGCCAAAAGAAGCCAGACCAGUUUUAUUACCAGCCGCGGCGAUCGCUAAUUAUUUGGAAAGAUUGCGUCGAGCAGAUUUUAGAGUUUUUGAUGAUUCAUUACGUCAACGUUAUCAUAUGCUACCAAUUGCGAUUUAUUGGAAUAAGUUACGCAGGAAAUAUUAAAUUAUUUUUAGUUUAACUAAGCUA